GUCCCCAUAUUUUCAAGUAUAAGUUCUCGGGCCCUGUAUACCAGACAGAGUGACCCAAAAUGAAUGAUAAAUUGUACACCGAAAAUUAUGCAUCCUACAAACCUCGACAAGGUUUAAAGCAAGCUGCAAACGAGGCUACGUGGUAUUCCUGUUCAAAUUUCUCAUCGAACAGUUCAAACACAUCUCAAGCUACAAAUUUUAUGGAUGCGUCCUUCCAAAACUAUAGUUGUCAGCGGAGCAGCCACAGAUCCGUUUUUGUGCAACAAGAACAGCGUGACGUACUCGUCUGGGAAGAUAGAAUCAUUUCUGAUGUCGAGAAGGCUUUUAAAUCUGAUAAGGCAAUUGAAGUUUUCAAUAAAGACUUGAUUCCCGUGACUUACUGUAACAACGUAGAUUUGAUCACUUCGGAUUUGUGUAAACAAAACGCGAACAAAGAUAUGCGCAGUUUCAAUAAAUUUGGAAACGAGUGGUAUUACGGUCAAGAUAAUUGUAGUGAAAAAAGUUCUUGUGCACGAGAAACACACAGGAAUCAAAGUAUUGAUUACGUGACCGGAAACUGCAGCUACGAUGCUAUGUUUCAUGAAAAUUGUAACUUACAUUGUAGAAUACUAAACAGAAAUGUGGCAAAUGAAGCAAUACCUGAUUAUUACAACUAUUACGAUAACAAACAUGUCGAAAACCAGUCGUUUACUCAAAACAUUCACUGUUUUAAUACAAGUACCACAUCUUUAAUAAAUCCUAUUGACCAACAGACGGAGGGUUCGAACGAAGACAGUGAUAUCGUCGUAGAGGACUCCGAUGAAGAAAUUGUCGAGUACAGCGAGUACCUUGAAAAACAAUCGUAUCCGACAAAUAAAUGUUUAAUCUGUAACAUCGCAUACAAGCCUCUGGGUACACAGUUUUAUUUUUUAAAGGAGAAAAAUCCACUUACCAUGUCCACCCAACGACCGGUCAUCCAAAAACUCGCAAACGUUAUCGGGGAAAUUACUACCACGCGGAAUUAUUUGUGCAGUGAAUGUUUAGGGAAUAUAAACAACAUUGAUCACUUAGAACUGAAGUUGGAGAAACUUAAAUCGGACGUCAUUGUAAAGUUUAAACGAAACUGCAUGGAAAACAAGAUCCAGGAUGGAAAAAGAUCGUGCACUCGGACGUCACGUAUUAAUAAAUGGCCAAAGUACAAAUGUAAAUCGUGCAACAAAAUACUGUGCCUUAGGAAAUACUGUCUUUAUCACAUAAAGAGACACCGAUCUGGAGGUUACCUUUGCGAUUCUUGCGGGAGGAUUUAUUCAAGUAAAAUGAUGUUUUCACUACACCGUCGGCGACAUAAAAAGAAGCUAUGCACGAGCGGUUUCAGUUUUGAUUGUUCAAACUGUGAUAAAACGUUUAGGACAAGGUCCAAUCAAAAAGAGCACGAAAAUUAUUGUAUGAACAUUUUACCGUUCGAAUGCAAACAACACGACUGCGACAAGAAGUUUCCUUCGGCCACAAAACUGAAAAAUCACGUUAGACUUAAACACGAUAAAAAAUUCACCGUUAUUUGCUCCAUAUGCAAUAUCGGUUUUAUCAAAUUGUCCGAUUAUAAGAGCCAUAUGAUCUCGCACAGCGCAGAGAAAAAAUAUCCGUGCCCGAAAUGCGAUAGGAACUACAAAACGUUAAGCAAUUUAAACUUUCACAUGAAAAUCCACCGUAACAGUUUACCGUUUAGCUGCCAAACGUGUAAAAAAGAAUUUAUGAGAAAGGAGUAUUUGGAGGCACAUACAAACAACCACAAGGGAAUAAAAAAUUUCGCUUGUACCAAAUGCGAGAAGAAAUUCGUGUCGCAAAAAAAUUUGGACGCGCACCUGAAAUACCACGACGGGACAGUAAAAAAGAGUAUCUGCAAUAUUUGUGGCAAAACGAUGACGAGCGGGUUCGAAGAACAUUUACGGAUACACAAUAACUUAAAAGAGUUUGAGUGCGGAGACUGUGAUACGAAAUUUAAUACAAAAGGGGCACUUUCUAAGCACGUCAAGAAAAAACAUAAAUAAAAAUAAACGAAAAUUAA